AUGCACAGAGGACUCAAUGCCGAUUUUGUGUUUCAAUGGUUCAAGUUCCUAUCUCUGGAGGUAGGCGCGAGGAUGGAGAUUCUCCGAUCGAGCAACAAGGAACACGUUGGCGCGUGGCCGUGGGAUAACGUUGUCAAACCACUGAGUCGGCUUCAUAGGAUGUGGUUAACCCAGAAAGAGGUUGAUGAGGCCUUUGGCGACUUCGUCUUCUAUGGGUUUGAGCGUUCUAUACCUCUAAUGGACGUCACCUAUCAAGCAGAUGGCUGCAAGGCCUGUAUACUCGCACGUGUCGGAUCAAACAUCAACACUUUGUGCGCUCUGAAGUGCUUGAUUAAGAGUCGCAUAACUUUGGAGUCGCAUGCGAAGCAUCCCAAUCGACUACGACUAUUGAGACUAGUCGAUGCAUGGAUUGAGCUUUGGCGAGGUCGAUACGCUCUGGACGAAGGUCACGACAGGAGAAUACUCCAAGACAGUUUCAUUACUGGACAAGCUGAAGAGCUCUACGAAAAGCGUGAGGAGAUCAAACUUGAGCACCAUCGCAUACGCCGAGCUCAACGUCGCAAUCUUGAAACUCAGCACUCUAGUUCGAGAGAAUACAAGCAAUAUGUCAAAGGUCUCGAGGAGGAAGAAUUUCAAAACACUCUCCACGACGCCGAGAACGACAUCAUCGAUUCAUAUGCUGCUUUGCGGCAAAGCCAGCGGGCGUCGAUUCUCUUGACAACAGAUUUGACCGCGAAUAAACUGUCUAAUCACACACGACCAGCCUAUACUCAAGAACGCAAGGCUGCGAAGGGAGAUAGACUAGAUAGGACACCCACUACUGCACGAGGUAACACCAACCCACACCCGGAAAGGCCCAAGAAAACUCCAGCUUACCGUGAAAGCAGAUACUCGGUCAACUCGAUCCGGAAUGAGGAACAAGUCCGCUUGGGAAGAGAAGCAGCGCUCGCUGUCCUGGAAGCUGCAGAAACCAGUCCAGCAGACCUGCGAAGCCCACGAUCCGCUGUUGCCAAAGACAGUGGACGAAAUUCUCAGGCAACCGUCUGGCCAGUCCGAACAAGCGGCGACCGAGUUGAAAUACGAAAUCACACUACGUCCACAAACCCAAACCCAAAGCCCAGAGAACCAAGCAUCUACAGAAAAGGACUGGCCACUGAAGUCGACGUGGCAACCAGGAGGUCCAACACUUCCCACCGUUCUGGAAGUAAGAAAUCACAUUCCUCUCACAGAGACUUGAACACUGCUAACAUGUCACAGUCUGAGCUAGAGGGCGUCUAUCGAAGCAGUGUGGAUUCUUACCUUAAUCCCAUCGGCCCCUCCGCACCGUCUGAGUAUACUUACAUGUCCUUCGACGACAGCAGCACCAUCUCUGCGCCUAGCACUAGAGGAGCUACGUUGGGUCGAAAAGGCACCGCGAGCAGUGUGAGCAGCCUGUACUCGGAUGAUCGUCCUGGUGAUAGUGUCAAGAAGGGAAAGACUGGCCGUUAUGAACGGCCACGGGUUAGCAGUUCUGGCUGGGAGAGGUCGCGGUCGUCGAAGCUCUUUGAUGGGCGAGGUUUUGGUGGGCGGCGCUGA